ACAAGAGGAAUAAAAAACUUGACAAUGCACAUAAAAAACCAAGAUGCUUCAUGUGACAAAUGUAUAUUGCUAAAAUAGUGCUCCUAAAAUUUCGCAGUUAUUGAAAACUGUAUGAGAACAGAAGGACGUUAAUAGCAACAGAAUACGUAAAACCAAACAUCUAAUUUUGAGCAAAUUAACAUAUGAGGCAACUUUGCUAACAAUGCAUGAUUUCUUUUCCUUGAUAACAGUCGGUUCAGACUAUUUUUAUACCAGCAGAAUGGGCAGAACAUUUAAGUUUAAUAUCAGUUACACAACAUUAGCAUAAACUUGGGCAACUACCGAUAGGGGGUUGUUUUCUUUUGAGCUGGCAAAGUAACUACAGAAACAUCAGAUCAUUUCUCUGAACUGAGAAUUUUAUCCCAAUAAAUGCCACAUACCUUCCACACAUAUUUUUAUAAUAUAUUUAAUAAUUUAUGUAAUAUAUAUUGGUGAUUUGAAUUUAAAAAGACUUCAGCUUAUUGAGAUUUUAUAAUCUUUAUAAAAAUAAACUUAAGUGUGGAGUAAGGCUGCUUACAGUAUUACUGACUUACUGCACAAGGCCCUUUUGGGGUAUAAUGGGAAGAGCUCCAGGCUUUAAAAACAGAAGAAUUUGGCUCGACUUCAGCAAAAUGUAUGAACUUGGACAUCAUUUCACCUGUCUGAACCCCAAUUCCUUACUUGUAAAAUGAAGAUGAGCCAUGCAUCUCAUCCCUUAUCCCUCAUCCUUAAUCACCCACGUGGUAGGUACUGUUAUUUCCUUUGUACAGGAGAGGAAACUGAAGUUCAGAAAGGAUAAGUGAUUGACCGAAGUUUAUGUUGCUAGAAAGAGGGGAAGCCUGGGCAUGAACCCUGGUCUAUCUGGCUUCAAGGUCAGCUGAAAAAAAAUUUUUCCCCUCAUUAGGCUCCUUGCUAAUUUCCCUGCUAAUUUCUGAAAUUACUGGGGAGGUCAAAAUGGAUUGGUGAAUGGGUUUUGGAAAAAUGUCAUAAAAUAUGUAAAUGUGAGAGGUGAUUAAUUCUCAAUGAAACAGUAGGAGCAUGAACUGAAGCUACAGAUAAACACAAACUACUCCAUGAUGUAUAUAUAGACAUAUCUAUUUAAAUGAAAUGGUUGUCAUGUGUUGCUUUGUCAAAUUCAAGCUCCAAAAGUUUGAUGACAGAAGGAUAAUUUCCUUCCUCAGGAUGAAAAUUUAUAGGAAUUCAGAGGAAAAUAUUUUCGUGAUCAUACUGAAAAUUUAGCGUCAGAUGCGUUUAGCAUCAUGCUGUGAGUGCUGUUAGUCAGAGCAUAAACAGCCUUUGGGCCGGAUGUGGCUCUCUUCAAGUAGGCUGGCUCUUUGACCUGGGGGAUUCAUUCUGCAACAGGCGGAGAGAGGGAUCAAGGCAGGAUGAAGAGGUUAUUUGUGCUCGUGCUGUCUCUCACCUUACUGAUUUUCUCAGGGGCCUCCCCGAUUCUGACGGAAAAGGAGGCCAAACAGGUCCUGAGAUCCCGGCGCCAGGACAGGCCGAGCAAACCCGGGUUCCCUGAUGAGCCCAUGAGGGAGUACAUGCACCAUCUGCUCCGCCUGGAACGCCGUGCUGAGGAGCAGUUCCUGGAGCACUGGCUGAACCCCCACUGCAAGCCCCACUGCGACAGGAACAUGGUCCAUCCUGUGUAAGCAGCUCGGGACCAGCCCCCGCAAGCAUUUUGAUAAACAGCGGCGCGGAUACUAUUGAAACAAGAUGAGGCUCCUUUCGUUUCUUUUUCAGCUGUGGAAUGGGCGUCUUCAGGCUUUGUGAGUCGUGGGCACAGCAGAGGUUGCCUUGGGGACUGAUGGCAGAUAUUUGUGCUGCUUCAUUUGACUAACGUGCACAACUCAUUAAAACCAAUCGUUAAACUCCAGGCCCCCCUCCCUGCCCCGCAAUGGCCUUCCUACCACUGUGGCAGGGUGAGCAGAGGGAGAACCUUUCCUGGGGCCGGUGGAGCUGGGGCCUCCAGAACAGGAGAGGGGUUAGCGAGCAAGCCUUGUUCUGCUAAGUGAAGCACACCGCUUGGGGCGGCUGGGGUUUUGGUCAUUGCUUUUUUUUUUUUUUUUCUCUCCUUUUCUGCUCUAAUAAACACUGGUGUUAAGCCUGCU